AUGGCGUCUGAUGGGGACCUGAAAGAUCACGCGCUGAAUAGCUCUCACGACUUCUACAGGCUGCUCGGAAUCGCAGUCUCCGCGAACAGCGCUGAGAUACGGACCGCAUACCGCAAAACUGCUCUAAAAUACCACCCCGACAAGGUAGCUUCCAACCAAGAAGCACUCGACAAAUUUCACCUGCUCCAAGUGGCCUACGACGUUCUAAGCGACGAAAAUGUGCGCGCCCUCUACGACAACGCGCGACGCGCUCGAGAGGAGAAAAAGCUGCGUGAAUCAGCGUACAGCGACAAGCGGCGACAGAUGAAAGACGAGCUUGAAGCACGAGAAAGAGCUGGUGUCGCAGGGCUGAAAAGGAAACGCGAAGACGCCCGUGAGGAGGAGGCGUUUCAACAAGAACUGAAGAGAUUAGCCGCGGAUGGUGCGCGCAGGAGGAAGGAGCGAGAGGAGAUGCUGAGGAAGGAGAUGGCGGAUGCUAUGGAGGAAGAGAGGAAGGAGCGCACGCCAGAACCACAGCCGACAGCUCCUACGAAGGUGGAAGAGACGGACAGAACGAUUAAAUUGCGGUAUCCGGCAGGCACGACUGACCUUGGACAGUCACAACUCACUUCACUUUUCGAGCGCUUUGGCAAGAUCGAGCACGUCCUGCUGCGGGAUAAGAAGAUCAAACCCGAGGGCGAAAAACACCGCAAGGACUAUACAAUUGCCAUAAUAGUCUACGAGAGCAUUGUAGCGGCGCACAAGGCUGUGACGGACUUUCCUCACUUGAUGAAGCAGGAGCCAGCAAUAUGGGGAAGGUUUGAAGACGUCAAUUGGCAAAGUGGGAAGGAGCCGGAUUGCAUACCGAAGCCGAAGAGGAAGGAGGAGAGCGCGUCGAGCACACCCCACUCCACACCCAAAACGAAGGGCUACGCCACGGGUGACGCGCCGUCAACACCAGCAGCGAGAUUCAAAACUGAACACGGACUGAAAAAGGUUCCAAGCUUCGGCAGCUUCAAGGGCACGCCAAAGGCUGCAACAGGCACACCAACCUCAGGAUUAGACGCUGAGGACGCCAUGAUGAUACGUCUAAAGCAGGCUGCCGAGCGCAAAAGAUUGGCGGAAGAAAUCAAGCGACAGGAGGCUGAAGAAGAGGCAGCGCUCGAGCAGAAAUCGUAA